CCAUCCCCAACCUAUUGUCCAUUAUUUCUAUAUUUUUUUACAUAAUUUUUAUUAUUAUUUUAUAAAAAAUCAGUAAGUUAGUGUUUCUGCUGAACGUUUGGAACUAUUAUUCUAUGUACAACUUUUAACCUUUUUUAGUUGCAGUAUUAUAUAUAUAUAUAUACCCUAAAAAUAUUGUGAUAUUAUUUUAGGUCUAUAUGGCCCUCCCCUAGAACAGUGCCUCCCAGUUUCAACCCAGGAUCACUGCAUAGUUGAAUUCCCAACAGUACGACUCUGUAGGGCUGUGAUUGUAUCAGCUGCUGGUCACUUCUAUUGCCUGUUUCUCUGGGGCCUGUGAAUCUGCUGAAAGGGAUUGGACAGCAUGACCCACUCACCUAAUCCUGCUUAUCCCUUCCACACAAGCAGCAGAUACAGGCUUUCAAUAGUCACAUCCAGUCUGGUGACAGCACACGUUCUGGACCUGUAGUGCUGCAGGACUGUAGUUUAAAUCAGUUGGGACUGUUGAGUAAAACCUUCAAAACCUCAAAAACAUCAGAAAAGCUUUAACAGCAGGUGUGUUUUGGCGUCAGAGUCGUAAUGUCUGUGUGUGCAGGUGUUCCGCUGCCCAAACCCUGUGUUCUGAAGAGAAUGGAGGAUUCAUCAAAAGAAGAUUACAAGAUCCAUUCCUUCGACAUGGAGACGCAGAAGUUGCUGAAAACAGCACUUAAAGAUCCAGGCUCCGUGGACUUGGAGAAAGUGUCUAGCGUCAUAGUGGAUCAGUCUCUGAAGGAUCAGAUGUUCAGUAAAGAAGCUGGACGCAUCUGCUUCACCAUAGUGCAGGCAGAGUCCAAGCAGAACGGUGGCAGCGUGUUCCGCCGGAACCUCCUGAACCGCCUGCAGCAGGAGUUUAAAGCUCGCGAGGAAACGAGGAAGAGAUCCACUCAGGAGUGGGUGUGCCUUGUCUCCUUUAUCUGCAACAUCUUUGACUACCUCAAGGUAAAUAAUAUGCCCAUGAUGGCGUUGGUGCACCCGGUAUACGACUGCUUGUUCAGACUGGCCCAGCCUGACGCACUCAAAAACGAGGAGGAGGUGGACUGUCUGGUGCUGCAGCUGCACCGUAUCGGAGAGCAGCUGGAGAAGAUGAAUCUGCAGCGGAUGGACGAGCUGUUCUGCCUGCUGCGGGACGGCUUCCUCCUGCAGGACGGCCUCAGCUCUCUCGGGCGGCUCCUCCUGCUGGAGAUCCUGGAGUUCCGCGCUGGGAGCUGGACGCUUAGCGAAACGGCUCAGAAAUACUACUACAGCGAGGUGACUGACUGACUGACUGAUGCUGUGUGUGAACAGGACUCAGGCCAGGUCAGGCAAAGCUAUGAAGACAAUACAGAUAUUUAUGAAGAGACUGAUCACAAUCAACUCAUCGUCUGGUUAAACAUUUCCUCAAAUACAAGGAAAACAUCUUGUAGAUAAUUUUUUGUGGAAAGGGGGUUUGGCUUAGAGGGGAGGUCUCAUACUACUGGCAUAUGGUCCCGAAACAAGACCUAAAAUCUGGCCUGCAAUCUUUUGUGCCAAGCUCAGACCAGACAAAAAUUAUCAACUUUUCAAAUGCGAGUACUGUAGAUGCAUGGAGCAUCAAGUGGAGUGCGAUAAUUCAUAUUCACCAAAGGUGUCAAAAGUAUUCAGAACAAUUUCCCAGGUAGAAGUAGAUACUACAGUUUGAAAAUUAUUCUGUAGAAGUUGAAUCAACUAUUUUUUUUACUUAAGUAAGUAAGUGAGUAAAAGUACUGCUUUCAAAACUAAAAGUAAAAGUAAUGUAAAAGGGGGAAAAUGCCAUGAAGGACAACUAAAGGCAUGCCACAGCAGCCUAUAGUGCACUACCCCCAUGAUAACUGUAAUGUUGUAUUAAAAUGUUAAUGUUGAAAAAUUUGAGAUCAGAUGCAUUUAUGCCCAUUAGUCAAAGACAACCCAAGUAAACACCAAAUGCAGUUUUACAUUAAGGUAAAUUAGGUUUUUAUUAUUAAGGGAGAAAAAAAAUCCAAACUUAUUAGGCCCUACAUGAAAAAGAGAUUGCCCCCUUAAAUUUAAUAACUGGUUGGGCCUCCCUUAACAGCACCAAGUGAAAUCCAGCGUUUACCGUAAUUUGCAAUUAGUCUUACAUCUCUGUGUAAGAGGAAUUUUGGCUCCACUCUUCUUUGUGAAAUUGUUGUAAUUCCACCACAAUGGAGGGUUUUUGAGGAUAAGCUGCCUUUUUAAGGUCAUGUCAAGUAUCUCAAAAAGAUUCAGGUUUCAGUCAAGACUUUGACUAGGGCAAUCCAAAGUCUUCACUUUGUUUUUCUUCAGCCAUUCAGAAGUCGAGUUACUGGUGUGUUUUGGAUCAUUGUCCUGCUGUAGAACCCAAGUUCAUUUGAGGUCACGUAGUGAUGGCGGGACAUUCUCCUUCAGGACUUUUUGGUAGACAGUGGAAUUCUUGGUGUAAUCAUGAGUGUUGGCCUUAAGUGAGGCCUGCAGUUCUUUGGAUGUAGUUGUGAGGUCCUUUUGAGACCUCUUGGAUGAUUCAUUGCUGUGCUCUUGGGGUAAUGUUGGUCAGCCAGCCACUCCUGGGAAGGUUCACCACUGUUCCAUGUUUUCACCGUUUUGUGGAUAAUGGUUGUCAAUGUGGUUCCCUGAAAUAGCUUUAUAACCUUUUUCAGACUGAUAGAUCUCAGUUAUUUCUUUCUUAUUUGUUCCUAAAUUUAUUUGGAUAUUGGCAUGAUGUCAGAGAAACAGUCACUGAUCCUUACAUGUUAUGGUCUCCCAGUAAGGUAGUCAUUGAUCUCGGUGACCAGGUGCAUAUCCACCUCCAUCUUCAUCAGCUUAUUUAGAUUCAUGAUUCAGCGUUCAUGAUUCCACCACUGGGCAAAAACGGCCUGCAUGGCAGAGUGCCAAUACAAAAUGGAAUGAUGAAUUCCACUGUCUACUAAAAAGUCUACCAAACAGAGUGACCAAUUUUAACGUGUUUAUUACUUUUGAAGGUCUCAUGUCGUGAUUGUCAUUAAAUGUUGUGGUGGUGUGUAGUAUGAAGGAAUGCCCUGUUUCAGUUCGGUGGAGGAGUGGGAUGAGAAGACUGACUUGAUUUCAGCACUUACUAGUAAUUAUUUGUGAUAUGCAAAUGUCUCACCUCUGAUUGGCUAACAGCACUGUGAAGCUCCCUCCACGGCUCUGCAGUUGGUGGCUGCAAGUCAAGAUAGGUGGGGUCAUAAAUCCUAAUUUAUGGUUUGAUGUCAGUCCUAGGGCUUUUUGACUCGUUUUUCUGUCUAUUUUUUUUUUUGGCUAAUGCAGGCAAUGGGGGUAGAAGAACAGUUUCAUGUGCAGCAUGUAUAGACCGUUUCAGAGGAAUAUUCAUGAGCGUAGGAAGUGACGUAGCUGUUCCUAGGACACUUCCGUUUAGCGGUAAACAGCGUUCAAAACAGUGGACAUAACUUUUUAAUUUAACAUAAACGCAAACUUCACCUAAUGUGAGAGUCACAAACAUUGAAAAUCAGGUCAAAUUGUUCUUUAAACAAGUAAACUAUGGAGGACCAAAAAUUACAUAAGUAUAAAUAAACACACACAUAAAUGUAUACAUAUAUAAAUAAAUACAUGAAUAAAUAAAUGAAUGUUGAAAUUAAUAAAUAUAUAAAUAAAUGCACAUAUAAAUAAAUAUAUAUAUAUAAAUAAAUAAAUACGUUCACAAAUAAUUGUAUAGGUAAAUAAAUUAAUUAGUAAAUACAGUUCUUAUUUACAUAUUUAUUUAUUCAUUUAUAUGUGCUUUUAUUUAUUUAAUCAUUUAUUUAUUUUAACAUUUAUUUAUAAAUCUAAUUUAUAAAUAAAUGGGGAUAAUCGCAGCCUCCAAAUGAUUGUAAAGAAAAGGCCAUUCAAAAGAGAGUGGCCCACCCUCCUGGAUUAUACUGCCUGGCUAGUGACCCCCACAUCAUUUGAAUUUGAGCCCCCUGGCUACGAGUGUAAAACUUUUAUAAAAUUGUCUGCAAGGUCUUGUGCAUUACAGUGAUUUAACCCAAGAUUAGAGGCAGUUAAUUACUAUGCAACAAAUAAAAGCAUCUAUUAUACCACUUCACCACAAUUCUGACUGGGUUUCCCUAGAACAAAGCACUUCACAUAGAACCCGGCUAAGAAUCCCACCUUUAAAUCCACCCCCCCCCCUCCCCCCCCACGUCAACAAUUAAAGCUAUUUUCUUCAUAGUAAAAUUUAGCAAGUUAAUGAAACAGAAGAAACCUGAGUGCAGUGCUUUUUUCUGUGCUCUAAAUUUCAAUCACAGUUUAUUUUUACACAUGGACAACAUUGUUUAUACCCUUCUGUUAAAGAAAACCCAACACUCACCAAAAUAACUUGAAACUGGCAAAUAAAACUAAUGAAAAUCAUACCUUGCAGAAUCAUUUGAAAAACAAACUAACAAACUGGCCUCAACAAAAAUAAUAUUUUGUUGUAUAAUCUUUUGAGUCGAUCACUGCGAUUAAGUGAUAUCCAUUACUCUCAGUGACACUUUUGCACCUGUCCACACUUGUUUUAACCAUUGUGGAUUUUCCUUGUUUAACAGAAAUGUAUCAAUAUUAGUAUUCAGUUGGAUAUUUGGUGUUAAGUGAAUGGAUCUAGUCACAGUAGUAGCAAUAACAUCAGAUCAGUGCCUUUAAUCAGCUUUCACUAAACAGCUCACAGACUUUAGAUUCAGCCUUUACUUAUUUAUUAAUUAACUGAAUUUUAAUUAUAUUUAGUCAGACUAGCCAAUAGCGAGAUGUCUUACAUACGCAGCCUAAGAGCAAUUGUGAUUUUACAUUUAAUUAUGAAUUAUGUAUAUCUGAUGCUAACUUAUUUCAUAGACUCGUAACUUAGCUAUGCCUUAAUCUAAGUGUGUUAAUAUUCUAAACUGGUCAAAUAUUAGUUUAAAUUGAAUGCUGGACUUGUGAAGGACAGCUGACCUCUAUGAGGUCAGUCAGUGAUAUUUUAAAUAUAUUUUAAAAAGAAGAAUUUUAUAUUUUCAACGAGGAGUGAUAACAAAAUAUUUGUGCCUAUUUCUAUCAUGUUAAAACUAAGCAUUUUAUAUUUUUCAAAUUUUGUACAAAUAAAAGUUGAAAUCUGUCACCACAAGUUUCAGUAUUCACUGUGUUGUUUUGACCUCAUUUUAAGCUGAGAUGUUUCCUUUGUUAUAGCAAGCAGUAUACAGGGAUUGUCUUGGAAACAAAUAAAGAUUUAUGAAAACUGAA